AUGGGUUACGGCAAAACCACCAACGCCGCUGCCGCCAGCACCGCCACCGCCGCCGCCGUGGCAAAGGUGGAGAUUUGCCCCUCCUCCCCGUCACCCAUCUCGUCCCCUCCAUCCCCGCCGACUCCGCCACCGGCGAUCCUCACUCCGUGCGCCGCGUGCAAGAUUCUCCGGCGGCGGUGCGCCGAUAAAUGCGUUCUGGCACCGUAUUUCCCGCCAACUGAGCCGCUCAAGUUCACCAUCGCCCAUCGGGUUUUUGGGGCGAGCAAUAUUAUUAAAUUGUUGCAGGAGUUGCCUGAGUCUCAACGAGCCGAUGCUGUGAACAGUAUGGUGUAUGAGGCGAACGCGAGGCUGCGGGACCCGAUCUACGGCUGCGCUGGCACCAUCUGUCACCUCCAGAAACAAAUAUGCGAUCUCCAAGCUGAGCUGGCUAAAGCACAGGCUGAGAUCCUCAACAUGCAGUGCCAAAACGCCAACUUGUGUGACCUAAUCUGCAAGGUACAAAUGGGCACAGCACAAAGUCAAGCAGCAGUUGACGAAAAUAGCAAUAGUAAUUUGGGUUUGGGGGUACAAUCAGCUACUGCAUUGGCGUACAGUACUCAGCAGAACAACUCAGCUAAUUUUAUUGAGGAUGGUAACAUCAACAUGGGAGUUUCUUGGGAGCCACUUUGGACAUAA